UCGAUCGGUAGAUUGAUUUAUUUUCCAAACUUCCUGCAUUUAUAUAAUUUUUGUGGCUUUUGAGUUUCACCCCAGUAUACCUUCAUAAACAUAUUUGAAAUAACUUAAUAUCAUCCUGCCUCUGAAUACUCGUGGAGAAAAGGGCUAGAUUUUUUUUUUAAAAUUCCGUGCUAUUGCAAAAGGCAUUUUAAUUUGUUAUUUUGUACGUAGAAUUUCUCUUUCUUGGCAAAAAUAUUAAGUAAAACAGUUUUUUGACAACUUCAUUACUAUAGUUUACAAGGGUGUAACUCUCAGGCUUCAACAAUUAGGAACAUCAACAAAUUUUGGCCACUGUUAAAACUGUAUCUACAAACAACAGUUUGCCUUUAGCAGAACCUUAAGACCGCUGAUAUUGGGACAAAAAAGAUGGAACGACCCCUUGUUCUGUGUGUUGUGGUAAUUCUAUUUACAAGUAUAAAUGCUCUGACCUCAUCUGAAUUUGAAGCAAUAAUAGAUGGUACCAUCAAUAAGGCACUAAAAUGCCAUCCUAAGAAUCCAGGAUUGACCAUUAGUAUCGUGAAGGAUGGAAAGUUAUUUUUUGCCAAAGGAUACGGAGUCACAGACACCACCUCCAAUGCUCCAGUUACGAAUGAGACGCUUUUCCAAAUCGCCUCCAUGUCGAAAGCAUUCGCUGCAACACUUCUUGUUAAACAACUACACCAAUAUUCGAAUUUAAGUAUUUACACAAAAGUGAAAGACUUGAUGGAACCAAGCUUCAGAUUCUCCACACAUGUAGGAACGGAUAACGCUAAUUUAGUGGAUCUCAUGUCCCAUACUUUAGGCAUUCCUAACAACAACUUUCUGAGAUUUGACUCCAGUCUCACAAGCGAUAACUUGCAAAGACGGAUACCAUAUCUAAAGUCCAUACAUGCUUUUCGGACAAGUUUUAUCUACAGUAACCUAAACUAUGCCUUGGUUACUUACAUAUCUGAGAAGCUUGGUGGUAAGAAAUGGGAAGAUUUGAUCCGAGAGGAACUGUUUCAGCCUCUGGGAAUGGACAGUUCUAACUUUGUAACAACUAUUUCUGACUUUUCCAAAGUGGCAACAGGAUAUGAGAAUGGUCCGGGUUCUCGUAUAGUUCCAGUCCAGCGUUCGCUUAGUCGAAAAUGGGGUGUAUGGGUCGCAUCCAAUAGUAUCCUAACAAAUGGCGUUGAUUACGCUAAGUGGAUGAACUUUCAUCUGAAUGGCGGCAAGGAUAAAACAGGGUCACUACUAAUGGAUUUCCACUCAUUUGCUUAUCUGCAUACCCCGCGGAAUUUGAUUCCGGCAUCGGCAGUGGAAAGAUACUUCCGACAACCCAAGGUCCCAGUGUCUACCAGUGAAACUAGUUAUGCGUUUGCAUGGAAGAAUGGUCAUUAUAGAGGAAACCGGAUUUUGCGGCAUACUGGGAGUACGUUUGGUUACUGUUCAUUGGUUACACUUUUCCCGGAUCUCAACAUGGGCAUAUUUACUUCGAUGACGGGCGAUGACGAACAUUACAUCUUCAGAAACCUGCUCCAUAAUUAUAUUUCUGACACACUUCUUGAAGUGACACCAUGGUUAAAUUCAACCACAUUCUGUAGUUUUCCAAACCCAUGGUAUUCAUCUAUUUCAUACGAUCAGUAUGUUAAAAUAGAGGACUCCGUGUGUGCAUUACGUCCUCUAUCAGAAUAUGUUGGUACUUACCACAACGAUGCAUAUGGGGAAGCACAUGUUACCAUGGGGAAUGGACAUUUAGUUUUAACAUACGGUGUUGCUUCUUGGAAUCUGUGGCCCAAGGAUAGCCAUGACCAGUUUCAAGGCGAAGGAGUUGGGAUGCUGUAUGAGUCCAAAGACAUUCACCACAUCAAGUUUCACACCAGUUACUCUACCAUAGUCUCGAUUGAAUUGAUUAGCUUUCAGUCCAGUGCACCUCCUAUUUUUAAGAAAAUAUUAUCUUCAUCUUUUCCUUCAGUGGUAGGAUAAAAACAUGACAAAAUGUGUUUUUAAAAUAAAUUCAUAACUUUCUGGAUUUUUUCCCGAGUAUAGAUAAUUCGUAUGCUGUACUAGAGGCAAAAGCAUAAUAUCUAUGAAGCUCUGAACUAAAUAAACUCAAA